AUCUCGGCCUAGAGGUUAAAUAUGUCAUCACUAGAAGAACAGCGUCACCAGUCCCGUUUGCGCCUAGAAAGGAACUUCGCUCAUAUCAUUGAGAAGUACGGACAGCAUGACAAUAGCAGUGAUGUUAUUGACCUUGACUCACUUUCCAUUAUCAGAGAUCGUGGGCAGCUGUCCAAACAGCCAUCACCAAAAAUAUUUGGUUACAGCAGGUUAGCGGCGACGUCAUGUCUUGACAGUUCCGACUUGGGUCCGGCUCUUCUACCUACAUCAAACUCUAACGACAGUGACACAACAAUCUUACAGGACAAUGCAGGAGAUGAUGAGAUAUCAGCACAAAGUCCUAAUAAGGACCUCUCAAAGGUGUAUGAUUCUGCAGUCGAAGCUAUCAAGAAUGACAUUCUCUCUCAUAAUUUUGAGAGCGCCCCGUUCAGCUAUGAUUAUGGCAGGAGAAACAGUUCCAGUGACAGUGAUGAUGAAGAGAAUAGAAGCGAAGAAGACAGUAAUUAUGGUGAGAUGAGUGAAUAUGAUAGCGAUGAUGCUAGUAACCAGUCAAGUGUUUAUAUACCCAAAAUAUGGAAAGGUAAUGUUGACAGUUCAAGCAGAGUUACUAGGCAAAGUUUGAGCGAAAGUGGGUGUUUCUCGGCACUGGAGGAAAACAGUGAAGACAUAAUUCCAAAUUCCAUUGUGGAAACUAGAAGUCAAGUAAAACAUACUCCUUUGAUUGCUAGGCUGUUUCCAAAUCUGUGUUUGUCAAGUCAUGACAGUGCCAAAAACGAUGCAAACAGUUCUGGUGCAAAGAGCCCUUCAUGUCAAUCCCAUGGUAAUGAUGUGAAGACCGUAAAUAAGAGAUUGGAAUUUCAGGAAUCCAGUGAUAGUGAAAUCUUUGGAAUGACAUUUACAUUGCCCACGGUUGUGAUGCCUACCGGGCACUUUAAUCAUGCAUCAUCUCAUUUCGACGGUCUUGCCUGUGAAAAUGUGCAUUCUGUUGCAUCUGUGCGAAUGUCAAAUGAUGGAAAGGCUUGCGCAGAUAAUUUAGCUUGUUGCCCAACUAGGCUCAGUACACCAGCUAAAUCCACCAGCAAGAAUCGUUUUACAAAUAAAAUCGAAAGCCGUCUAUCACCAUACAGUCCUACAUCAUUGACUACAACUCCAAACCCCAAUGACAAACCAAUGACGGAUGUAUCUGUAGAUAGCCUAUCCAGACACACUUCCUCAACUAAAUGUGACAACACGGAUUGUGCAACACAUAACUGCAAAUCGCACUCAUCCAACUGUAUCUCACUGUCCAAAACGCCAAGUACCUGCAAAGAGCGCACGAGGAAGAUUGUAAGAACACCCUACCGUGGUACCCCCCGUUUCAGCACUGAGGAGAUCCUAGCAAUAUUUCAAUCUCCUGAACCUCUUGUGAUUCCUGGAAUACCACACGCCUCUCCAAUGCCUCGUAAAAUCAAUACGAAUGCACUGGGAGUACCCCCUGCAAGAAUUGCAGACGAGAUUAAAGAAAUGAUUACUCUGUCACGCGCAACAGACAAGCAAGAUGAUUCAAAGACUCAGCAAAGUUACGACCCAAAUAAAAAAAUUGUGCGAUUACUACCUAGCAGGAAAGCUUCUACCGGAUUGGUAGCCGAAGAAGUGGGUAACAAUGAUGACGACUCCCGCAUAUCAGCAAGCUCUUGCAGUGACAGGGAACUUGCUGAUUCGUUAGAGACUGUGUUAGCUAAGAGCUGUAAAUACUUGCAGUCAGACGCGCAUGUGCAAAAAAGUACCGACCUGAAAAGAAUCAGCUGCAUCAACUCUGACAGACUCGCAGCCAUAGUUCAUGAUUCGGACAUUGCACGUAUAUCGUCGCCACCAAAACGACGAUGCCUAUCACCCAAUGCUCAAUGUACACAGCUUGGCGAAACACGUGAGUGGGCUUGUAGUACUUGGCAUUUAAAGUCGCAGAUAGGACAGCUUAGCUACCUGGAACCCAUGCAUGAGAACUUGACAAAUAGAGCAGAGAACAAAAAUGGAAAUGAAGGUCAAGACAACCUUAUCUACCACCCAAAAGAUUCACCAUCUACAGGUAAAGUGCUGAUACUGACAAACGAUUCUAAACGAACCGAAGAAAGUCAUUCAUGCCAUAGCCCAGUGCUACCCUACAAGAUAUCCAGAAGCCAACCCUUUGAACAACCCACUGAGAUAAAACCAGAGAUGGUUGCAUCUAACAUCGAUGGUGUGAGAAGCUGCCUACAUGGUGAGGGUAUUGUGGAGCAACAGAAAAAUUUUGUUGUGUCAUGUACAGACAAAAAUGGUGCAAGUAAGGUAUCAGUCAGAAGAAAUAACACUGAAGUGUGUCGUGCUCAUGCUACAGAUGUAUUAAGGCCCAAUUUUCCACAUCUAAGCAGUAAGCUAAGUGUGAUGGUGCCAGCGUCGGUGCCUGUUCCUGGCCUUCCAUCAACCCACCAGUUAAUAGAACUUCCAAGUAGAGUCAAACUGCAGUCAGUACCAACACAGUAUAAUGAGCUGCGUGACGAUGUCAACAUGUACGCUACACCUACAGCCACACGUCAAAUGAAGGAGAACCCUUCCCCUGCUGUGCAGCAUUCACCCAAGGUCAUCACUGGACAGUCACGUAGUACUAGUAGUACACCAGCCAAGGUUGUUAACUCGACCAUGCCUGACAUUAGUGUCUCCAUCAUUGAAAGCAGUACUGUGUGUGACAGCGAGGACAGCGAUGUGACUUUCAAGGUGAUAGAUUGGAGUGCCGAUUUGAUGGAAGAAAAACCUAAGUCAACCAGGAAGCAUGCUCUGACUUCGGUGGAAUGUGCCGUCAGCAACAGUCAGAAAUCAUCACGUCAGAGAGACACUAAAAUUACGGAUAAGAUGUCAAAAUCAAGGGCUCAUUGCAUAAAUCAAUGUUAUAGAGAAACAUCUGUACAGCAUGCUAGUCAGAUGACUGGAAAGGCUGAGCAACGAAAAUGCAAAGAUAGAUAUCAAAACGCCACCAAGUCAGUUCUGAAUAUUGAGAGUUCAACUCGAGAUACUCGGAAACACUUGUCUGAUAAACGGCAUCAAAAGGUUGUACAGUGGUUAGUGUCUACACCUGAACAGAAGUCAUCUUGGCAUCGGGCAUCCUAUAGUCAUGUAGAAAUGUCAGUUUCGCCGGACUCUUCUGUUGAUUCCCGCAAGCCUUCUUUGGGUACGUCACCACCGUCAACUCCUCUGGAUUCAACAUACUUGCAAAGGCAACCAGUUCAAGCAACUGUCUCACCAAGAUACAGCAGAGAGCAAGAGGAGCCGCACAUUGUGCAACACAACACCCGUUCAGCAGAUUCUCCUGCCCCGUGGAGAUCGGCUGCUGUACAGACUGUUAUAAACGUGGGCUUGCAUGCAGCUACAGAGAAGGUGAACUCUGCACCAAUCUUUUUGAAGCGGCUGCUGCCAACUAAUCUGAGAAGUGUUAGAAGACGAUGGCACACUACUACUAGCAAGCAACAAGCGAGUGAUAGUUCAGAGGAUGACGAGUUUUACAUCUUCAUGCCGAGAAAACAUAGAGCACUCUACAUGACAAGGGGCAGCAGUACAUCGAGUGAUCAUUUAAGUGGUGAUAGUCUAGCUAGUACCAAGCCAACAAGACGGAGACAGCCCAUCAGGCGAGCAAAGCAGUGCAAUGACAUCUCCUCUUCAGAGUAUGAUGGGUCUUGCCAAUCAGUCUCAAGGAGCCACCUACGCCGAAAUGUGUCGCAGUCUGGCAAAUGCAAAGUGGAACCUGCAUCGAUAUUGGGCAGCAUUUCACGCCAACGAAUCUCGGCGACCAGCGACUCUGAUAAUGUAGUAGACGUUUCAACGAAAGAGAACAGUUCUUUCCAAAUGCUGCAUUACCCUAAGAGAAAAAAUCUUAAGAGUUGCUCAUCGGUCGGUACACCCUCCAAUGCUUCUACUUUUGAAAGCUGCACCAUAGGAUUGAGAAAACCGGUCAUAUGCAUCCCUAGAGUAAAUCCCAAUGAAAAGCUUAAAGGUGUACUAUCGGGAAAACAUCAGAAUAAUCGUCCUAUUUAUCAGAAGGAAAUGUCAGUAGAACUGCAUUCUUCUGACACCGACAACGAACUAUGUUUAAUGCCCAAAUGGAAUCAUCGUCGGUAUAUGAAGACAGGGCGUAACAGUGAGAAUAGGUGUCAGGAUCUGGCACGUGAGCAGUCGAGUUCAGGCGAAAAUAACCUUGCUUUAAAAUCAGAUCAACAAGUUACAGUUACAUGUGAUACCAGCACCUUCAGGUCCAAGACACUGUCAAGGGAUGACACAGAAAACCGUUUUAUGCAGAAAUUUCAUCGACUUGUCAGAAAACCCAGAACAACUACGUCUGAUUCUGACAAUUCAGGUUGCAGUAAUGAAGACGACACUCAAGUCUCUCAUGAUUCUUCAUCUGGUGUUUCCUCUCUUGAUCAAGCUGGUGCUUAUCGAAGUGAUCCAUGUGCAAUAUCUACUAUGGCAGCACCAUAUCAACAAAGUAAAAUGGAGGGAAAUACUGUCGCUAUCUCUCCAGUAAAAUUGUUGAGAUGUCCAAAGUGGGCAGAAUAUCAUAAUAGAAGGUCAGUUGAAGAGAAGGACAGAACUGCUGUGAGAAGACAGAGAGAUGAUGAGAAACCAAGCUCGUCAGGGAGUGAAAGAAUAGAGCAAGGCAAAAAACACCGAUCACUUGUAAAAAUGCCACAGCGUGAUCCUGAACACUCCUAUAGCAGACAAAUUGAUCGAGGGGAGGAUACUAGUUCUAGGAAAACACCAAAGAGGGAGCUACAUUCGCCAAGUAGCAGAAAAAUGGAGCAUAGAGACAUACAUCUACUGAAUACCAAACAAAUUGAGUCACAAUUUUUGAGAACCCGACGAACAGAUCAAGGAGAAAAGCCCAACUGUCUUGUUAAGACACCACAAAGGGAGCCACAAUUAAUCAGCAGACGAAUUGAUCAAGAAAGGAAGGAUACUAGUCUCGUAAACCGACAGAAACUGUGGCGAGAUUUGCCAAGAAGGCGACAAAGAAACCAUGGAGGAGAAGAAGUGAGUCUUGUGAACACUCGACCAAGUGGAUCAUAUUUGUCAUGUAGCAAACAAGCAAAGGGAGGAGAAAAGGACAUUGGUAUAGUAGGACGCCAAAGUCAUACACCCAACUCUGCUACAGAGCAUCAACACCGAAUGGGUCAUGGUAUAGGAAAUAUGGCUCCCAGAGUCAGCUUUAUGGACUCGUCGUGUGAAGGUCCGGGCAAUUGCAGUAAAGCAUUCUGUUUUGCAUGCAGCACGAGUUUGAUUGUUUUGUAAUGGAUGCCACGUGUUCGUUUACUGAUCUAAGCUCUCACAUUAUUUUGAAGAGUGGUAUGAUCGUGUAGAAUGCAAGUUGUUAUUACCAGCAAAUUUAUUAGUGAUAUUUUGAAGUUAAUUUAAUACAAGCUACCAUAUUCGGGUGUUGCUAUCCCCCGGGCGUGGAGGGACGGUCACGUGAUACAGUUGACGUAUACU